UAUUGUUGUUCUCAACGGCGCUGGUGACAGGAGCUCCGGCUUGCCACAAUGGCUUGCAUUACGAGACCGGCUCACAGAAUGACGACGACGAUCAGAACGCCGGGAGUCUAACGGGAAAGAACUACAAGAGGGCGUUUGUUAAUGUCAUAGAGGCACCUCACACCGAGAACUUGACUACCACGACAACUGCCCCGACAACUAUCCCGACAACUACUCCGACAGCGGUGCCAACAACGGCACUGACAACUACUCCGGUGACUACUCCGGCAGCGGAACCGACAACUACCCCGACGACGGCCCCGACAACUACUCCCACCAUGACAACGACCACGACCACAACCACCACAACAACGACUACGACAACGACGCCCAAGCCUGUCAUCUCGGUCGUGUCCGUUACCAAAAAAGUGGAGGUAACCGUCGUGUACGAGUCGCACUGCCCCUACAGCCGUCGCUUCAUGUACGGCCAACUACUACCCACAUUCCAGAAGUUGAGCAACUUCAUGAACCUCACCAUCCUGCCGUUCGGCAAGGCCCACGUCGACAACGUCAGCGCCCCGGUACCCCACUUUACCUGCCAGCACGGCACGAAUGAAUGCAUGGGCAACAUGAUCGAGACUUGCGUCGUGCAUGUAGUCAAGGAGCAGCUGAAAGUCGUCCAGAUCAUCGCGUGCAUGUCUCAGAGCUACCAGCCGCACCUGGCCGGACAGAAGUGCGUCGAAAGCACGGGCAUCAAGUGGUCUCUGGUUCAAGAGUGUGUGACCAAGAAGGGAACCCGCUACCUUCUGGAGGUUGGCCUGCAGACGUGGAGGAUACAGUCGUACGUCGCCCGGGUUCCCUUAGUUGUCGUCGAUGGGGAGAUGGACAACUACGUCGAGUACUACGCCCAGAAGAAUUUCUUGAAGAUCAUGUGCGAACAUCUGACCUCAAACGGUUACAGUAUAUCGCCUUGUGCUUCCGCAGAAAAGUGAUUGGCUGCGCGUCGCUGGCUUAUAACCGCGUAACUUUCCAGCACUUACGGAAUACAGGAAGCGUGGUUUGUCCUCUGGAAA